AAAUGCGAGAAUAGCUCUUUGUCACUAUUACACCAGACACUGCUUGCGGUUUUUUUUAAAGUAAUAUACAGAAAUGUGCGAUCUUAACUGGUGCGCUGUGUGCGAUAAAGCCAUUCAUUCCUCAUUGUCAACGUUAUAUUGCUCCGACGAAUGUCUUCAGCAUGACGCAUUGAGUCGACAUCCGUUGCUUGGUUACAACUCGCCGAGUUUAGGGGUUUCUUGGCAAAGUCUACAGAGCGUCGCAUCAGCAACCAUCGUCAUAACAACCAUAGCCAUGACAACCGUUCUCAUGACAAACGUCUCUAUGGCAGCUGUGGAAGCAUGAUAAGCAACGACAACAGCACUGGCAGGAACCGGAUCAUUAAACGACGCCAACGGCAACGAUUACUUCCUUCCGUCUUUGUUGCACAGUGCAACGUCUACGGAUGAUGAAGAGGAACCAUCGCCGGCCCUGACU